GAGAAAAUUUAUUGACAAAAAAAAAAAAAAAAUUAUUGUGAAUUUAAAUGUUGCGCAUUAAGUAACACAGCUCUGCUUCCACUUAUCAGUGACACCAACAUUAGGUCUGAAUUUGAGCUCGGUCUGAUUAGUGAGAGUCUAAAUAAAUAAACUAGCGCAUUAGCCAAAAUUACGAGAGUGAGCUUACGCAUCAAACCCAACUCAUUCGCCGAAACUCAGUUAGUUUGUGCGCAUCGUUUGAGCAACUGGGAUCAUGGCGAACUUGCGCUGGAUUAGAAAUCUUGCAAUAUUCCUUAUACUGUGCAAUUUCUUGGUGUUUGCGCUCUUGCUGGACUUGCCGGCUUUGCAUGGCUACGCGCAACUUGCCGAACGAGUGCGCAUCUAUGAAACAAUGCGCGCCAAUAUCUUGGAGAAGGAGUCAAAUAAUCAACUUGGCGGACGCGUGUUGCUUAACGCCAAUGAACGCGUCGUCAAUGAGUUKAUCAUGUUGGAGAAGCAGCAUGAACUGGAGUUGGGUUUGAAAAACAUAAGCCACUUUCAGGUGGCGCAGCACUUCUUUCGCUCAUUUGAGAAAAUUAGUAAUACGACGCUCUUUCGAUACCUAAAAACGAUGCCAAAAGGUGGCGUCUUGCAUGCGCAUGAUAUGGCGUUGUGUAGCAGUGAGUAUUUGCUAYCGCUGACCUAUCGUGAGCAUUUGUGGAUUUGUGUUGAAAAGAGUGAGGCGCAAGAGUAUAAGAUGUUACGCUUCUCUUUGCUGCAGCCGCAGCACGAAGAGUCUUGCGAAUGGUCAUUGCUGAGCGAAUUGCGACAAAGUGUGCUCAGCGAUGUUGUCGAUAAGAAGUUGCUGGCACAUUUGACUAUGUAUCCGCUUGAAUAUUUUCCGAACGAGGAUGCAGUCUGGAAGCGUUUCCGCAGCAUAUUUCGGCUCGUGGUGGGACUGCUGACAUAUGCGCCAGUGUGGGGUGACUACAUUUAUAAAGCGUUGGAGGAGUUCUAUGCAGAUGGUGUGCAAUAUUUGGAAAUUCGUUCCGUCUUGCCGAUAUUGUAUGACUUGAGUGGCGGUAACUACACCCUUUUGAAUACGACACGUGCAAUGCGCGAUGCUGAUUUGCGAUUUCGCGCUUCGUAUCCAGACUGGAUUGGUUCGCGCCUGAUUUACGCACCGACAAGAAAAGUGUCCGACGCUCGUUUCGUCGAGUAUUUGGGCAAUGCGUUGCUGCURAAGUCCCACUUUCCUGAUUACUUCGCCGGUUUCGAUUUGGUUGGUUGGGAAGAUGAGGGUCGCCCCUUACAUGACUACUCUCGCGAGCUGCUUGCUYUGCAAGACGAAAUUCAUUUUUAUUUUCAUGCCGGCGAAACGAAUUGGUUUGGCACYAACACCGACGAAAAUCUGCUCGACGCCGUUCUUCUCGGCACGAAACGUAUUGGACAUGGUUUGGCGCUGCUCAAGCAUCCCGAAGUAUUGCAUUUGGCGCGUUUACGAGACAUUGCAAUUGAAAUAAAUCCAAU